UCCAAUUCGCCCUUGCCUUUUUCAAUAAACACUUUCCACUCAAUCAAAAAUGGUGUCGUCGUUCGUUCGCCCUUCUACUCGGCCUGACGAGAUUCACAGCCUGCUCACUGGAGUUGAGCGGUACAAUCCGCAAAAGACCACGAUUCUCGAGGAUUACCUGGCACGCCAGUGCGCCAAUGCGGACCCUCUGACCAACCACGAUUUGAUGGCGAAUUUGUCGCUGUUGAAGAUGUACCAGUUCAACCCCGAUAUGGUCGAUGUGGAUGUAGUGCGGCGCAUUUUGGCCAAGGCUCUGAUUUCGCCGUCGACGGCUGACUUCAACCUGUGCCUUUACCUCCUGUCGGACGAGAUUUGCAGCGACGCGUCCAUCAGCAAGCUGCUCACACUCCGGGACUCGCUGGAGCGGGCGCAGUUCACCAAGUUCUGGAAGGAGAUGUAUGGUGACGACGACGAUGAGGAGUCGGUGGUCGAUGGGAUUGCGGGCUUUGAGAACGGCCUGCGCAAGCUGAUCAUUGGCAACAUCACCAGCACGUACCAGACAAUUCCGGCCAAGGCCGUUGAGGAGAUGGUCAACCUGGACCAGGACGCGGAGAACGGGUGGGCAGUUGACAACGGUGUCAUCUCGUUGCCGCUCAAGAGCGAGAACAAGGCUGUCGCCACAGUCAUCAAGGAGAACGUCAAGUUUGAGCAGCUCACCAAGAUGCUCAGCGCUGCUAACGAUAUCUGA